GGGCGGGACUUCGGAAGUGUCGCUGAGGUCCCUGCCCCGCGAGGACUGAGCUCUCCAGGGCCGAGUCUUUGCUCCCCCUCCCCCUCUGUUUUCCAGGGCCCUGGGCAUGCCCCGCGCGUGUCUGUGGAAGGCGGAAACGGCUGCGGGGGCCGGUCUUCUUGCGAAGGGGCCUAACUAAGCCCGCCAUGUCUGGGGGCUUCGAGCUGCAGCCGCAGGACGGCGGCCCCCGGGUGGCCCUGGCGCCGGGGGAAACGGUGAUCGGUCGCGGGCCGCUGCUGGGAAUAACAGACAAGAGAGUAUCCAGAAGACAUGCCAUUCUUGAGGUAGUGGGUGGUCAGCUUCGAAUCAAACCGAUACACACAAAUCCAUGUUUUUAUCACUCUUCUGAGAAAAGCCAGCCCUUACCAAUGAAGAUAAAUCUAUGGCGCUGGUUGAAUCCUGGUGAUAGUUUUUCAUUGUUAGUUGACAAAUACAUUUUUCAUGUUUUUGCUACACAUUCGGAAACAGAAAUGGAAUGUACGUUGAGAAACAGCCAAAUGCUUGAUGAAGAUAAUAUAUUAAAUGAAGCACCAAAAUCUCCUGUGACUUAUUUACCUGAUAAGACAACUGGCACCUCACAACUAGAAAGAAGCACAGAACUAGCCAAGAUCCAGACUACUACCACUAAUAGUGUGUCUUUCCUAGGUGAAUGUAGAGACUUCAGUAAGCAACAAUCAAACCCUGCCCAGAGGAAAAGAGUCCUUCCAGCUUGGAUGUUAGCAGAGAAUUUAAGUGAUCAAAACCUUUCAGCACUUGUCAUCGGUGGAGAUAAUAAUAUAAUCCAGGGAUAUGGAAAAGAAGGAAUCUGCAAAGAUAAACCCCAAGUAAACAUGACCCAGCAAGGAAGAAAGCGAUUAAUUUCAUCAGGAAAUUCAGAAAGUAUAUUAGCAGAAGAAGAUGCAGGGAAGAAGUGCAAAAAUGCUGAUCAAGAAGAGUCUGUCAUUUCAUCCAAGGAAAGACCAGAAUCAUUUUCUACAGCUACUCUAAGUAACACAGAUACAAAUACUCGGAAGACGAAUACACAGAGAAAUGAAAUUCCAAUAGAGGAACUUGGUAAGGUUUCUGAACAUAAAAUUAUAACUAAAGGAACACCAAAUAAAGAAGACAAAGCAGUGAGCUGUUCUGAGAGUUCUUUGAGUGUUUCAGGCAGGUCAGUCUGCAGUGAGUCUCAAGGAUCUCAUCCCGAGUCUACCUCAGAUCCCUCCAGUACUGAAACUUUACAUGCAAAAACAAGUGAUUCAGUUCCAGGAGGUUCCGAAGAAAACAAAGUCAAGAGGACAUCCUGCAUGUAUGGGGCGAACUGCUACAGGAAGAAUCCUGUCCAUUUUCAACACUUCAGCCACCCUGGUGAUAGUGAUUAUGGAGGUGUACAAGUCACAGAUCAAGACGAGACAGAUGACCGACCUGAAUGCCCCUAUGGAGCAUCUUGUUAUAGAAAGAAUCCCCAGCACAAGAUAGAAUAUAGACAUAGUACAUGUACAGAUGAAGAUAAUGAUGAUGUUGGACAACCCAAUGAGUCUGACCUGAAUGACAGCUUUCUAGAUGAUGAGGAAGAAGAAUAUGAGCCAACAGAUGAAGAUUCUGACUGGGAACCAGGGAAAGAAGACCAAGAGAAGGAAGAUGUGGAAGAGCUUUUGAAGGAAGCAAAAAAAUUUAUGAAAAGAAAAAAAUAACUCUUUUCUGCAGUAAUAUAGGGCUCACAUUUAUUUUUUUUUUAUGGAAAAUUUUCAGGAACUAAGGAGGUACUAGAGUGGUAAUUGUUUUCUUUCUUUUCAUAGUUACAACUUUUGCUAUUGACUUUUUGCAAGUAAAACAUUGAAAUGUCAGCCUUUAAGGUAGUAAGUGGAAUUUAUUUUGUUGCUUUACCUUUUCUUUCCUGUUUAAAGCACUUACCAAUAGGAAGCAAAGGGGUUAAAGAGUAAUAAUAUUUUUCCUGUACUUUGCAUAUUGAUAAUAAAAAGCCUUGGUUGCACAAAACUUUCCUCUUUUUUCCAAAAAUCCUGUCUUCAUAGAUUGUUAUGCAAGUAUAACCAGGCAAAUUACAUGAUGGGUGAGAAAGCAUGUGUCUUUCAUUGUAUUGAAGUGAUGCUUCAAGCAAAACCAAGCUUUUAAAAAAAUGACAGCCAUCACAUAAUGGCGACUGUUUUUCUAGUACUCUAGAUACGAGCUUUGUGAUUUUAUUUAGUACUUGUAUCUUUUAUAACUUGGUGAAAUUAUUACCAACUGAAUACUGAAAAUAGAUUCAACUAAGCUAUACGAGAAAAAUGUUCACUUUGCAGGGAAUGUAUGUUAUUUCAGGUUCCACAACUAUAGUUUACUGUAUGUGUAAAUUUAAAGGUAGAAAAAACUCAAAGAAUUUAACAGUUUUUCAAACUAAAGUCCUACUUAAUUAUUUUAACUCUCAUGGUUCAGUCUUUACAUUAAGAAUAUGAAAAUGGUUUUAACCAUAAUUUUCUUAAAAGACAUUAGUUCUUUUGAACUCAGAUGAAACUAGCAUGUUGUUUGCCAGUGUUUAAGUUUCUGGCCUCCUAUAUCAAACAAGAUACCUCUUAUCCUUCAGUUUGUAUAUCUCCGUUUAUAUUUUUAAACUACUUUAUACCCAGAAAUACUCUUCAUUUUAGGUGGCUGAGAAUUCUUAAAAUAUAACAUAGAAUUUGUAACAACAGGGUAUGUGUACACAGGGCAGGAGGCAUAUUAUUGAAAUCAUAAAUCACUAAACCAAAAGCAUCUUAUUAAAACACUAUUAUUUUCUCUCUAAAGGAACUUCAAAAUUUGUCUUAAAAAAGCAGAACAGGUUUAUGAUAUUAUUUUCAAAUAUCUCUUCAAGUAAUUACACAGUAUUAAAAUUCACUUAAACCAAAGCAAGUAUAAGAUAAUAUUUCUCUAGAUUAUUACAUGUUUUUCUAAUAUUUAUUUGGGAACUUUUUUUCUCUGCUAAUAUCUUCUUAGUCUUGGGGGCUUGACAAACAUAUGAAUAAAAUCAUUGAACUUAUUGUUCUCCUGGCACUGACUAAAUCCUUGAGGGGUUCUUUAAUUCAGUCCUUGGCAUA